UUUCCCAUUGCCAUGAGCAUCAAAACCGUCAUGGCGGCUUCCUUGUCUUGUAUGCUGACUGAAAGACGUAGUAUUUCUUGACUUUCUAUUUAAAUGAGGGAAAUAUGAUACACAUUGCACAACAGAGAUGGCGAAAUACUUGGCUCAGAUAAUAGUUGUUGGUGCACAAGUCGUGGCCCGAGCAUUCGGUCGUGCGCUGCAACAGGAAUACGCCGCGAGCCAAACAGCAGCUCGACAAGCAGGGGGUGGAAAGGCAGGCGCCCAAAGAGCUGCAGCAAAUGCUAAACUGGGCUUGAGCUUGCAGGAAGCUAUGCAGAUCCUUAAUGUGGAGAAAUUGGAUCCAGAACUGGUUCAGAAGAAUUACAAACAUCUUUUUGAUGUAAAUGACAAAGCGAAGGGAGGGUCGUUUUAUCUCCAAUCGAAGGUGUACAGAGCACUAGAAAGGAUAGAUGAAGAAAUGAAGCAACAACGUGAAGAGGAGGAAAAGAAAAAGGCUAGAAGAAAAACAGAUGUUACGUAGGUGAUAUAACUGACAAGGAAGUCUGUAUAGUAAUUCUUAGUCUAUAUAAUAAACUUUGAGGCCGUUGUAGUUCAAAUGA